AUGGACCUGGACCCGGCCGUCAUCAUCCCCGCCAUCAUUUUCACCGUCGUCGCCGUUUAUUUCGCUUCUUCUCGGCUACGGAGACGACGUCCCCCGUCCAGAGCUCUGGCUCCGCGGCUCCCGGCGGAGAAGAUCCCUGUUAAGGUUGCCCCAGAGCCGGUAAAAGCACCAAAACCUGCACCAGAGCCUGUAAAAGCACCAAAACCUGUUCCUGAACCAGUAAAAGCGCCAGAACCUGCCCCAGAGCCAGUAAAAGCACCAGAACCUGCACCAGAGCCGGUGAAAGCAGCACCAGAACCUGCACCAGAGCCGGUGAACGCAGCACCAGAACCUGCACCAGAGCCGGAAAAAGCACCAGAACCUGCCCCAGAGCCGGUAAAAGCACCAGAACCUGCACCAGAACCUGCACCAGAACCUGCACCAGAGCCGGUAAAAGCACCAGAACCUCCCCCAGAGCCGGUAAAAGCACCAGAACCUGCACCAGAGCCGGUAAAAGUGCCAGAGAUUGUACCAGAACCUGAACUUGUCCCAGAAACAGUUGCAACACAAGAACUGGCUGCAGUACCUGAACCUGUGUCCGAACCUGAACCUGUCCCAGAGCCAGCUGCAGUGCCAGAACCUGCAUCUGAGCCCGAACCCGAGCCCGAACCUGUCCCAGAGCCAGUCACAGUGCCUGAUCCAGAGCCUGUGGCCGAGUCCGAACCUGAACCUGUCGAGGAGGUCUUACCUGAGCCGACGCCUGAACCUGCUGUAGAGGAAUCACCAGAACCGGAACCAGAGACCGUCCUAAACAACGAUGUGGCUGCAGCAGAAGAGAAAGUGACGUUCACCCCGGGGAAGAAGCAGAGCAAGUUUGAGACGCUGAUGACGAAGGAGGAGAUGGAGGAGGAGCAGAGGGUGCAACAGGAGCAGCUGGCAGCCAUCUUCCAGCUGCUGCGGGAGAACCAGGAGGCGCUGGGGGGGGUGACGGAGGGAGACAUGGAGGAGCAGCUGAAGCUCUACUCCCUCUGACAAGGACAACAUUUAAAGAUUCAAACUUUUUUUAGUUUAAAAUGUAAACGUCAGGGCCAUGGGCUCAUGUAGCAACUGGAAGUGUUGCAUUGUGGUAUAUAUUUUAUUAUGAGGGAAAAGACGAAUGCAUAAAUUGCACCAGUAUUUUAAUAUUUCAGUGUAAUUUACUCAUAAUAUGACUUUUUAGUCGUAGUAUUAAAACUUUUCCUCAACAAUUACGACUUUAUUCUCAAAUUGUUCAAACUGAAGAUUCAAAAUUCCACUUUUACUAUUUUCUCAAAAUUACAUUUGCUUUCUUUUUAAAACUGUAAAAAAAAUAUUUGACUUUAUUCUCGUAACAACAUUGACGGUCAUGUGCCACCGUAGGCUUUCUGUUAAGAGAAUAAUUUAUAUAUAUAUAUAAUAUGUUCUCUGGUAGCUGAUGUUUAAUAUCUGCUUCUGUGUGUUUAUCAACUUUUAGUUUUAUUUUGAAAUGAAAUGUUUUUUAUGACAAUAAAUAUAUAAAGAUAAAACAUCUGAACUGCAGAUUGUGAUGAUAAUAUAAAGAAGAGGGUUCGUUAAAAAUA